GUCGCGCUCUUGUAUACAGGCGCAACAGAGCCCUCGACCAUGGCCACUCACGCACUCUACGAGACCUCGUCUGGCUAUGCCGUCUUCGAGGUCAAGCUCCACGACGUGGUCGGUGCCCUCGACAAGGCCGUCCAGGCCUCCAUUGAGGACUACUCAAAAUUCAGCAAGAUGGUCUCCUUGGUCAGCUUCGCUCCCUUCCAGAACGCUGCGCACGCGCUGGAGAACAUUAACGACAUCUCGGAGAACAUCGUCAACCCCUACCUGCGCUCUGUGCUGGAGCUGAACCUCUCCAAGCCGAAGAAGGGCUCCUCCAUCGUGCUUGCGGUCAACUCGGCCUUCGCACCGAUUCUGGCUAAGGAGACUGGUAUUGCCAUUGCCGACAAGGACGUUUCAACCGACCUCCUCCGCGGCAUCCGCGAGCAUGCGUCCAAGCUGCUCAAGGGCCUUCAGGACGAGGACCUGACGAAGGCGCAGCUCGGUCUUGGUCACGCCUACUCCCGCGCGAAGCUGAAGUUCAACGUGAACCGUAUCGACAACAUGAUCAUUCAGGCCAUUUCGCUCCUCGACCAGCUCGACAAGGACGUGAACCUGUUCUCGAUGCGCAUGCGCGAGUGGUACGGCUACCACUUCCCGGAACUCGUCAAGAUCGUACCCGACAACUUCGAGUACGCGCGCGUUGCGCAGUUCAUUGGAGCGAAGGAGACCCUCACGGAGGACAAGCUUCCCGAGCUCGCUGCGCUCCUGGAGGACGACUCCACCCGGGCGCAGAACAUCCUCGAUGCGGCGCGCGGGUCGAUGGGUACUGCGCUCUCGGACUUCGACAUCCUCAACGUCGGCAUGUUCGCGACACGCGUGGUGUCGCUCGCGGAGUACCGCAAGUCGCUGCAGGUAUACUUGCACGAGAAGAUGAACGACGUCGCGCCGAGCUUGACUGCGCUUCUCGGCGACCGUAUCGGUGCACGGCUGAUCAGCCACGCGGGCAGCUUGACGAACCUGAGCAAGUACCCCGCAAGUACCGUCCAGAUUCUCGGUGCCGAGAAGGCGCUGUUCCGUGCCCUCAAGACCAAGGGCAACACCCCGAAGUAUGGUCUUAUUUACCACUCGACAUUCAUCGGGCGGGCAGGACCCAAGUACAAGGGCCGCAUCUCGCGUUUCCUCGCCAACAAGUGCUCAAUAGCAUCAAGGAUAGAUUGCUACACCGACCACCCUACGGCGAAGUUCGGCGAGGUCCUCCGGCAGCAGGUCGAGGAGCGGCUGACCUUCUUCGAGACGGGUGAGGCGCCAUCAAAGAACGCGGAUGCGAUGCGCAAGGCUCUCGACGCCAUCGCGCUCGAGGACGGCGACGAGUCCGACGACGAGAUGCAGGUCGACGGCACGGGCGCGCCCGCGCUGCCGCUGCUCGAGCCCUCUCCGAAGAAGGACAAGAAGAAGAAGCGGAAGAGCGCGGACGCGGACAUGGACGUCGACGAAAGCGAGGCGGAGUCGCCGAAGAAGAAGGCGAAGCUGAGCAAGGAGGAGAAGAAGGCGCUCAAGAAGGAGAAGAAGAAGGCGCACAAGGAGGCGGAGGCGGCCGAGGACGGCGAGGGCGCGCCGAAAAAGGAGAAAAAGGACAAGAAGGAGAAGAAAGAGAAGAAGGAAAAGAAGGAGAAGAAGAGCAAGGCGUGAUCCUCUCUGCUCCUGUUCUGUCUCUUCCGUUUCCUUCUCCUGUCGCUGCGUCUCGUCCUGUACUCUUGUUGUGCUAUCUAUCGUCUCUCUCGCUUUCUCUCACUUCCGGGCUCGUUGAUGCGUAUGUGUUGUCAACUUCAAUAUGAUACAUAUGCAACAAACAUCGCUCUACUGCUC